AGCAUUAAUAACAUUAUUUGUUAUUACUAAAACUAAUAUUACUAAUAACAAAUAAGUGGUAACAACAACAACAUUGUGCUUUAUACAAUACCGGUGAUCUAAUUGGUAAUAGAAACGCCGAUACACACAACAACAGCAAACACAACUGCAUUGACGACAACAUGAUGGACGUCAAAACAGCGGCUGCAAAACAUAGCAACAAUACGAACAGUGUUGGCAAUGGCAAUGCUGAAAUGUUGCAAGCUCGUGAUGAGGUCGAUUUUAUUGCUGUGGCUGCGCACAACAACAACAACAAUAGCAUUUUCGACAACAAAACAAUGAGCAACGGAUUGCAUUCGAAUUCGAAGACAACUUCGACAAUUUUCACGAACUCGAAAACGUCAGCCAAUGAACAUUUACAAUAUCAACAACAACAGCAACAUAAAGAAAUAGCAAAGAGCAAAAAGAAAGUUGUCACAAAUGAAGAACCAAAGAAAAAGAGUUCCACAAAAGAGCGGCUCUCCUUGUUCUCCACGCUCGGGCGGCGCAUCAGCCAGAAGACGCUGAAACAGAAGGACUCUAACGCUAACGAAUCCAGCACAGCGCACGAAAAAUCUACAGCUACGGCGACUCCGUCAACAACAAUAACAAACACGGUAGCUAAAAGUGAUGCUAUCAACAACAACACGCCUCCCCGCCAACGUACGUUUGUCAAGAGCUCUUCAAUUGUCCGUCUUUUAGGCAACACCUAUCAGCAGCACGCCAAAAAGCUGGAAAAGCCCCAGUUAAACUUAGAGAAAGGUAAAACACCGUUAGAUGGUAAAUUCCAUACAUAUGGCGGCAGACGUCGCACCAACGGUCCCUAUUUUGAUCGCUUCAAACGCUAUUCCAAAGACGAUGGUGAUGUUACCGCAAAUAAAAACAAUAACGAAGAAGAUGCAGAGCAAGCAAUGGACUUCACCGAUGUGCUGGAAUUAGAUACAGAUACCGCCGAUGAACUGCAACGCGCUUCAAACGGUUUGGAACGCUUUUGUGAUCAUAGCACAGUGGCGGCUGGCGAUGACGAAGCCGCCGCGGAAUUGGGCAGCAAAACGAUGCGUUCGCUGUCGCGCAGCCUCGGCCGGUUGUGGGGCAAACGUUUGCAUAGUGUGGACAUAAGCACGCCGGAUCCAGAGUAUAAGGUAUCAUAUUUGGGCAACGUGCUAACCGGCUGGGCCAAAGGUGAGGGUUGCGUUGAGAAGCAAUUGAACACACUCUGGCGUAACUAUACCCAAAACAAUAAGCCCGACAUGAUCAUGCGCAUUAAGGUAUGCGCCAGUGGACUUAAAGCCACCACACGCCAACACGGACUUACCGAGUACUGGGCCAAUCGUAUCACGCAUUGCUGUGCACCAAAGAACUACCCGCGCAUCUUCUGUUGGGUGUAUCGACAUGAGGGACGUAAAUUAAAACAUGAGCUGCGCUGUCACGCAGUGCUCUGCAGCAAGGAGAAGGUGGUGCAGGAUAUUUGCAAUACAUUGAAGGAGAAUCUGGAGCGUGCACUGCGCGAAUUUAAACGUGAAAAAAUUCUCAAGCAGAACGCUCGUCUUAGCCUGGCCAAUGCAGCAUAUGAAAAUCCCAGUUUGCCCCGACGUAAGAUACUACUCAGCGUCGGUGGUAACAAUUAUCGACCACCGCUAGAGCGUUCCAAGUCCGCACCAAAGUUAAUGGCCAUCGAAGAGGCUAUCGGUGAGGAGGAGGGCGAGGAUGCUGAGGACACCAAUGAACCGGAAAUGAAACCGUGUUGCCAAAAAGAUUCACUAUACCCUGCCAUGACUUUGGGUCGCAGACGCUGUCGACGUGGUCACUCAAUAAGACGCACAGGCAAACCUCGUCCAUUAUGUGGCGUUUCCUUCGAUGAAUCACAAAAGCUUAAGCAUAUUUUAGCCGGAGACAUGAAAGUAGACACUUGCUGUCAUGACAAACAAAUAACCAAAGAAUGCGCCAGCCAACAGAACGCUACUGCGCCAACCACAGGGUUAUCCGAAGAGCAGCGUAAUAGUUAUGGUUCCGAUGACUCGGAUGACUUUGAGAAGUUGCUGAAAUACAAUGACUACGAUGCUAGUACAUCGCUAACAACUGAACUUUUGCCCUACUUCGAUAUGCAACUGCACAAGAACACCAGCAGCAGUCUCAGCGAUUUGUGUGCGCUGAAGGAUGACGAGGAGCCGCUCAGCUUACUGCCAACCAUCAAUAGUGAUCCGAUGGCGCAUCCCGAGGGUGAUCUGCUGCCCAAUGAUUGCGCGCAAGGAAUGAACGGCGAAUUAGAGGAGGAUGAGUCGCAUGUUGGCCUCCGACGCAAUGGUGUCUGUAGCGAUGGUGAGGAGGAUUAUCUAGACGCCGAUGAUAUGUACUUUCGACAGGCGACAAUCUUAAAUAUUUUACACCGCAACUCAAUGCGCAAAAUGGCACAAAUUUCGCUGAGCAGCGACGAGGGCAGCAGCUUGGAAACGAAUGCCUCGGCGUCACUCCCAUACCGUCACCAAACACAAUCUUCUAUAUCGUCAAACGCCUCCUCGAACGCCACCACCAGCAGCUCGUUGCAGGAUGGAAACAACGGUUGCUCAACCGUUAAACGUCACAGCGGUGCCGAUAGUGAUGAGGGCUCCAUAUCGAGCGGCUGUGAGACGGCCAGCACUGUGACAGCCAACCAAGAUGAUCUAUCAUUACAAUACCGUCACGACAAACAGCUGCUGCAGCUACAGCAGCAACAACAAGCAACAUUGCAGUACAGCGACGAUGCACACUUUUUCAGCAUACCCGACGCUAAUGAAUCACCCAUCACAGCCGAUGAAAUCUACCAAAGACUCGAAGCGCGCCUGCAGCGUCGUCAAAACAGCGACGCCACCACAUUCAGCAGUUCGAGCACAAUUACACUGAAAAUGAGCACAGGCAGUGACGGCUCUACGACCCAGUCACCGAAUGAGCCAGUCACCCAACAGUCCAUAAGUGAGCAACCAGCGAAUGCUUUAACGAAUAGUACAACGCGUGUACGCCGUCAACGGCAACGUCAAAUGGUGGCAGCAACACCACCGCCACCCGACUGUAACGCCGACGACACGGACUCGGAGUGCAGCGACGAAUCCGGCUAUGUGGAGUAUCAAGAGCGCGAGAAAACAGUGCGUGAGAAGAUUGGCGACGUCGAAAGGCGUCAGUUGCAACAGCAACAACUACAAGAACAACAACAACAGCAACCUAUUGCACAAAAACGCCAACUUAAGCCGCAAUUGCCGCCGAAACCGAUGCCGCGUCGCACCCUCAGCGGCGCCAGCGCGGCCGUGUCCUUGGCAGCCGCUCAGCGUACGAGUAACAGUACCACAGUGUGAAUAUCGGAAUAUCAGACGCAGCGGGCCGGUUGACUAAGGCAGUGGUGAUUUUGCUGAGCAGAUAGGGCGUGCUUACAAUUUUGAAUUCGAAGUUAAGUGUAUGCGAUGCAGCACAGCGCGAUAAGAGUUUGGAAGCUAACGGCUACCGUUUUUCAUUGCUUGCAAAAUUGAAAGCCUUGUUUCGAAUACGAAAUUCGUCUAUUUUUAUGGAAAAUUCUAUAAAAUAAUAUAUUAUUUUUAUUACUAUUAUUAUUAUAUACAAAACGAAAAAAU